AUGAAGUUCGCGAAUAUCUUGGCAGUUACCGGUACAGCUGGUGCCUACACCGUCACCAUCGUUGACAAAUUCAUGUACAAGAAUAUCGAUCCUGUGGUUAUACCCGGCCAGUAUGCUAGCCACAUGCACACAUUUUUCGGUUCUGAUGCUGUGACAUUGAACACAACCACCUCCAAAGAGUUGCAAGCGGGCUGUGCCACAGCGGUCAACCCCAACGACUACUCGUCUUACUUUCCCAUCAGUCGAUUCAGUGCAUACUACGUUGCAAUCGAAAAGGCAGAAGUCGCCAUUCCACAAGACUACAAGGCUGUCGUCGGCAACGCCUCCGCAAAGUCCGAAGCUGAUACCGAGCCUCUAGCGGGCAUCCAAUGGUUCUGCGAGGGUGGCCCCAGCGCAGGGAAGGACGUCAAUGGUUUUCCGUCCAAGACCUGCAACACCCAUCUGCAGACGAUCCUCCUGUUCCACGACUGUGUCAACCAAGAGACACUCGAAUCCACAUACUCUGGAACCCAACACUGGACCGCCACCAGCAAGCCUGCCAACCGCUGCCCUCUUGAUAUGAAGAGGAUGCCCCAACUGCGCUUCAGCAUCCGCUAUGAUCUUCGCGAGGCUUUGCCUGACGGCUGGGAGGGAACCGCCCCUCUGGAACUGGCUUGCGGCCCCGCCUAUUGCACCCACGGCGACUUUAUCAAUGGAUGGCUUCCUGAAGCUGCCGAGAACAUGUUACUUGCAAAUUCAAAGAGGGAUUUUGCCGGUGUAGAUGGUCCUGCAGGCAAAUACAGUGCUGGAUCUGUCUGCGGUGCUCAGAACGCCACGGACGCUGAUCCGGAGAACGGCACUUCCGACUAUCUGAUCAGCAAGCAGAUUCUCCAGAGGCUUAUAGACCAGAAGGCUUGA